GUCAGUCGCCAGCUCGAGGCCAUGCAGCGUUGCAAGAUGGGGACCUGUAGCCUGCGGGCGCUCGCCGUGUUGCUGGCGGCGGCGCUGGUCGCCGUGGCGGCGGCGCAGCAGCAGUCCUCCACGCCCGCGCCGCCGCCGGCGCCGGCGCCCGCCCCCGGCGGCGGCCAGCUCGUCGUCGACGUGGUGUACAAGCCGGACGAGUGCAGCGCCAAGUCCAAGAAGGGCGACAUGAUGACGAUGCACUACGUGGGCACGCUGGACGACGGAACCGUCUUCGACUCCAGCGUGAAGAGGGACCAGCCGUUCUCGUUCCAGCUGGGAGUGGGGCAGGUGAUCAAGGGCUGGGACCAGGGCCUGCUGGACAUGUGCGUGGGCGAGAAGCGCAAGCUCACCAUCCCGCCGGAGCUGGGCUACGGCGACAGGGGCGCCGGCAGCGUCAUCCCCGGAGGUGCGACGCUGCACUUCGAGGUUGACCUGCUAACCAUCGGCGACUCUCCUCCCGUGGUCAAUGUGUUCAAAGAGAUUGAUGCGGACCAAGAUAAGUUGCUCUCCCGAGAAGAGGUGAGCGAGUACCUGAAGAAGCAGAUGGUCGCAGCGGAGACAGAGUCGCCCGGCGAGAACGACGAGAUCAGCCGAAUGAUUGAGGACCACGACAAGCUCGUGGAAGAAAUAUUCCAGCAUGAAGACAAGGACAAGAACGGCUUCAUCUCCCAUGAAGAGUUCUCAGGCCCUAAACAUGAUGAGCUUUGAGGCACACUUGUGAUGUUUCUAUUUUGUACACCAAACACGAACGUGAACAUAUCUUAAGCAUAUUUGGUGUUCUGUAAAUAAAGUUGUUAAUUUGUUCAAAUAUGACAGUGAAAGUGUUAAAAAAAUUUUCAAAAUAGGAACCAAAUUUUUUGGGUUGAAAAAAUGAUAGUCACAGGUACUGUAAUAUGAACUUUAUACUGGUUUGAAUUUUAUUUUCUUGCCAGUAUCAACAUAUGGUGAGUCAUAAUGAUACAUCAAGAGAGACUUUUUUUUAACUUUAUUAUAACUGGUGUGUUUAUGUGCUGUGUGUAUGGUUCAUUGUUAUAGAUUUUGCUAAAUUUUGUACUGGGUAUCGCAAGUUGCAUGGUAAAUAAAUUUUAUGAAUAUUUUUUUAAAAAUAAUUAGCAUUACAUAUGUGUGUAGUUUUCCUCAGUUUUUUUUAAAAUUCAACUCAUUAAGUUUGCAAAGCACUUUCAUUUACAAAUUCCUCAGUCUUCCUCGUGCUGGUCAUUAUCUAUGAGCAAGUUAUACUUUUUUCUGUUCUUUACAAUGUAGAUUUUGAACUUUAAAUUUUCAGAACAAUGCAGGCCUAUAGUUUAAUUUUUUUUAUAUAUAAAACUUGCUUUUGUCCACUGUUUGAAGCAAAUAUAUUGCAUGUAGGCACAAGUCCAUUUACUGAAAAAUUAUUUAAUUUUUUUUUUGUAAUUAUAAGUCCUAUACAUAAAGGGAUUCAAUUUAAAAAUAAUUUUUCAUGAGAAAAAUUGGUGCCCACCUGUUCAGUAUUAACCUUAUCUCACUUUGACAAUAUAUGAUUAUUUUAGCAUAUUACCAUUCCUUUAUUAUAUGAAUAAGUGUGAUGAUGGAAGUUUGGUUUAGAUAUCAUCUUUGAGAGUAACCUAAAUGUUUAUCCAGUGUUAGGAAAUACAGUAGCCUACAUAAAGCAUGGUUUUCAUUUUAGGGUGAUAAUAUGUGAAGAUGAUCUAAUUUAAAUGGAAUGAAAAUCUGCAUUGAGUUCGAAGUAUAAUCAGCAUUAUAAAAAGAUAUAUUUAUAUUAUUUGGGCCUAUUUUUGGUAGAUUUUUAUGAAUGUUGUUACAAUCAUAUUAAUGUUCAGGUAGUCAUAUUUAAAAUAGUGUAGGUAGCAUUAGGGCUUCUUAUGCUUUAUCUGAUUAAAUGAAUGGUAAAUGUGACGUAAUACACACUGUGAGUACUUAUAUUAUUAUGGUAAAACUCAAGCUGUAAAUUUAUCAGCUGUGUUUCAACUGGGAAACUUUUAAGAAUUUUGUCUGAUGAGUGCUGUUUUGUAGCUGAAAUAAAAAACAUGUUUUUUUAUUACAAAAAAUUACAGUGUGAAUAACACAAUUGACUAAUCUUGUAGACAAACAUAAAAAUUACCGCUAUACAGUAAUUAAUUCAGGAUAUUUUAUGCAGCAAACUUCAAUGCAUGAUCUUAAACAUUCCAAUCUCAUUAAAACUUCUUGUACAUAUAUAAAUAGGAACAUAACUGUUAAUGUGGGUGUCAGUAAUCAUUGAUUCUUUUUGAUGUACCGUACUUAAAUGUUAAAGUUUGACUGAUGGUUGAAUAAAAUAUAUAUUUUA